CUUGGAUACAAUAAUUUACAAAUUUACAUUAUCCUAUUCAUACAUCAAAAGUAUUUCAUUAUGUAAUCAUGUUUCUACUAUUAAUUAUUCUGUAAAAUAAAAAUUAAAGAAACAAACAAACAUUUUUUUUAAAAAUGCGAUAAACUUAGACGAGUUCAGUGGAAUAUGAUUACGUAAUGAGAUUAUUUUUUUUCAUUGUGAUUAUUAAUAUGAUAUUUACUAUUAAAAGUAAUCAACUUUCUGAUCCAAAUUGUCGAUGCUUUCUGUUCGAUAGUACAAUGUAUAAAUCGGGUAUAUUUAAAACACCGAAUUAUCCGAAAAAUUAUCAAUAUGAAUUAAAUUGUUUAUUGUAUUACUUUCAUGGUUUAUCUAAUGAACUAGUGAAAAUUACAUUUACAACAUUCAAUUUAAGAAAACCUAUUGAGAAAAAAUGUAUAGAUUAUUUAGAUAUGUUUACUACAAUUGAAUCAAAUAAUCAAAUGGCAAAACAUUCUAAUCUUAUGAAUAUCUCUUCAAUAAAUUAUUCUAGACCAGCGGAUUAUAGAUUAUGCGGUGAUUUAAAUGAUUUUCCACAAAAUGAUUUUUAUUCAAUUAGUUCUAUAUUAUUAUUAAUAUUUCAUACAGCAUCUAAAAUUCCUGGUAUCAAAUAUCAUCAACAAAUGGGAUUUAUUGGUCAAUUUACAUUUGAUUUAAAAACAGAUAAUAAUCAACGAAUUCUAUUAACAUUUCAUUCAAUUCGAUUAAAAUCAAUGACAAAUGAAGAUAAUAUAAGUAAUAUAGAAAGAUGCAGUACAAGAAAUUCUAUACCUGUGCAAAAUGAUUUUAUUUCCAUAUCUGAGAUGUACAAGAAUAAAUCGAGAACAUUGGCAUAUCUUUGUACUAACCUAGUGAAUAUACAACUUGUUUCACAUACUUCUAUAUUAAAAUUGGAUUUUAUCAGUCGUAGUCCUUUCUAUCAAGGUCAAGGUUUUCAUGGAACUUAUGAAUUUGUUCAUGAAUCUCAAGUUUUACCUUCUCCAUUUCUUGAAGAUGAUCAACUAGUUGAAACUAAUGAACAUGAAGAAAAAUAUCAAAAUUCUAGAAAUAAUCAAGAUAAACUAGAAAAUUUGUCAAAUACCAAUAAGUCCAGACUAUUUUUUGCUGAUGCUGGAUUUACAUCCACAAGAAAUAUGCAAUUUCGCGAAGAUGAAUAUUCAUCGGAUCCAGAUUUUAUGAACUUUCAUUAUUCUAAUCAAUUCGAUAAUGAAAUGAAAUCAAAAUAUGUACAAAGAAAAUUAAUUGUUUCAAAAGGUCCAGUAAAUCGUACACAAGGUAUAAUUCAUUCACCUCAAUACCCGGAACCUUAUCCACCUUCAAUUAUAACAAUGUAUACUUUUAUAGGCCAGCCUACAGAGAUAAUUUUAGUGAAAUUUUUAUUUUUAGAACUUGGAAAUUCAAAUAACUGUGAAAAUGAAAAUCAAUCAUUAGGUGAUCGUAUUCAAUUAAUCGAUGGAAUACAUAUUGAUGAUCCAUUAAUUAUAGAAUAUUGUGAAAAUAAAAUUAUAACCAAUAAUCAACAAAAUUUGUAUACAACAAUUAAACCUGAAUAUUUUAUUUCAUCAAAGAAUUUAAUGAUAAUAAUAUUUAAAAGUGACCAUAUAACUAAACCAAAUGAAUUAGGUUUUAAAUUAUUUUAUAGUUUUGAACUAAAAGAUCAAAAUUAUAUAAAACAUACUUAUAAAGAAGAAAAAGAAAGAAAAGAAAAAGGAAAAAAAGAAAACUAUUUAACGAUAACUAAUCAAAAUGGAAUCAUUCAAAAUAAACCGGUGAAUUGUUCAAAGUUUACACUUAUUACUGAAAUAAGUUUAAUUCUGCCUAUAAUCAUAUGUUUCCAAUUGAAAGAAAACAGAUAACAUAGUGAAUCAUGGAUAUGUUUCGAAUACCUCUGGUGAUACUAGGUUAUUAUACAGGUCACCAUAACAAUCAGAAACGAGAUUUUAAUAAAUAAUUAUAUAUAUUUACAUAUUUAUUAUACUUGAUUUUUUGACUAUGAAACAAUGGUGACUUUUCUAUUUACUCUUUCAUUCAACCUAUAAAAUUCGUUAAAAUUCUAGAUGAAUGUCAUUCCUCUCUCCUUCCUUCUUUCUUUCUUUCUUUCUCUCUCUCUCUCUCUCU